CCAAGUCCCAAACUUUGAGCAGAGCUUCCUAUGAAAUGGCAGAGCCUUGCAAUUUACCAUCUCAUGGGUUAUUCUUAUGUCGCGAUGAGAGCUCCAAUGAACAAGGUGGAGAUCCCUCUGCAUCUGCUUCCUUCUCAGGUGCCUCCAGCGGGUCCUUGUGCUCAUCAGCUUCAAAUCUGUCUGAUGAUGAAGCAUCAUGCCCACAUGGUCAUCCCUAUGAGCCAUCGUCAGCAUCUUCGAGCACGUUGCAGCUGGAUGACGAGGGUCCAGUGUACGAAUUGUCCUUGCUGCUAGCCCAGCUUCCAGUCAGGACAGGGCUGUCCAAGUACUACCAAGGGAAGUCCCAAUCAUUCACAUCAAUAUCUGAUGCUACAUGUGUUCAAGACCUUGCAAAGAAAAUUUCAUACAGUAAGAGGAUGAAGGCAUGUAAAAGUUAUUCAGCAGGAUUAGACAUGAAGCAACGGUCAAACAACUUACCAAGGCCAUGCAACAAGGUGAUAGCAAAGAGGCCCUCAAAUGGUUCAGCUGCGAGAGUAAUGUCAAGAACUAGCAACAAAAGCCACUCGUAUAGUGGUGGCAAACCAUCUACACACCAGAACAAGAGAGAUGCACAAAUGCAUAUUGGUCUGUAAAUAAGACAAACCUGGAAUAAGUAAGAACUAGGGUGCCAAGUCUCCACUUCCCAUUGACCAGCUCUGCUUCUUGUGUGCUUUGCACAAGAAAUCUCAAACUAUAUAUCCUUUUAGGAUCAAGAUAUUUUCUUUUAUGCCUCAUUUCUUGAUCCAUGUGAACGUCAAACCUUUUUGUGGAUAGAAUGAGAAAGGGUAAAUCAUAAUCAACAAGAUUUAUGAUGGCAGAAAAUAUAGCUAUCUUUA